CGUUAGAGCGAACGAGUGUUGCACUUUCCUCAUUUUACAGUGACAGAAGUGCGGUGUCCUGUUAUUAUGUGUAGUCUUUAUUAUGCUCCUCCUCCUUAAAUCUCAUGUUUGGUGUCAGGAUUACUCUUCACCGACUAAUUUCUUACUCCGCAGUCAUGAGCUCAAAGGUGCUUCGGGAGUCAGGAGAGAUCGCUCAGCUGUACAGGGAUCAGUGUCGCUUCCCUUCAGUGUGCCGUGCUGAUGUUGGUCCAGUGGUCACAUCAAGAUAUGGUGGACAGUACUGUAACAUAUAUACAGAGUGGACUCAGCGGGAUUUGGAGAGGAAUGAGAAUGUGAAGUUUUGUCGUCAGUACAUUGUUUUCCACGAUGAACAUUCGGUUGUUUUCUCCGGUGCUUCUGGAAACUGCACUGAAAUCAUGGGAGAGUUACUCAGUAUGGAUUCUCCAUCCGGUGAGAUGAAGGCUGUGUUGAGAGAGAGCUCCAUCAAAGGAGAAGACAAGCAGUUCCUGGAGAUCUGGCAUAAAAACAGUAAACUGAAGUGUAUAAAUCUGAUGGCUCUUGAGAAACAUGGCAAAGUGUAUGAAGAUGAUCAGUUCGGCUGUCUGGUCUGGUCUCAUUCAGAGACUCAUCUGCUGUAUGUUGCUGAGAAGAAACGAGCCAAGACCGAAUCUUAUUUCCAGCAGGGACCUGAGACUGAUGAAGAGGAGAACGUCAAAACAAAAGAGGAAGUGCUGAAGGGACAACAGUUUGAGUUUUAUGAGGAUUGGGGUGAAGCACUGGUGAAUAAGAGCAGCCCUGUGCUCUGUGUGCUGGACAUUGAGAGCAACAACAUCACGGUGCUUGAAGGAAUACCCAACAACAUCUCACCAGGACAGGCGUUCUGGGCACCCAGUGACACUGGUCUGGUGUUUGUGGGUUGGUGGCAGGAACCAUUCAGACUGGGACUGAAGUAUUGCCCCAACAGAAAGUCAUCUCUGUUUUAUGUGGAUUUGGCGAGUGGUAAAUGUGAACAGUUAUCAUCUGACUCCAGAGCAGUGUCUUCACCUCGACUCAGUCCUGACUUUUGCCGUAUUGCCUAUCUGGAGUGUGACGUCUUCGGUCCGCACCAACAGUGCAGCCGCCUUUGUGUGUAUGACUGGUACACCAAGAAGACGAGUGUUGUGGUUGAUGUUGUGCGGAGAGCAAGAGAGGAUGGUUUCACAGGAAUCUACAGCUCGAUGUUGUCUCCGUGCUGUUGGUCAGCUGACAGUCAGCGUGUCCUCAUAUCCUGUGCUCAGAGGAGUCGCAAGGAUCUGUUGGUUGUUGACACCUCAAGUGGAGAAGUCUCAUGUGUCACCUCCAGUUCACAGGAAGGCAGUUGGAGUUUGCUAAACAUUCACAGAGAUCUUAUGGUGGUCAGCUGCUCGUCACCAAACUGUCCUCCAGAUUUGCGAGUGGGUUUCCUCCCACCGAAGGGCUCAGAAAGCAACACAUCAUGGGUCACACUGGAGGAAUCUCAAACUCAGACAGAUAUCAGCUGGCAGACUUUAAACUUCAGCCCACCGCCUGAGGAAAACAACAGCAGUUACCCUGGCUUGGACUUUGAUGGUAUCCUUCUGAGACCAAAAGAAAUGACACCAGGCAGAAAACUAGCACUCGUCGUUAUGCCGCAUGGUGGACCUCAUUCAGUGCUGGUUUCAGAGUGGCUGUUGUCCACAGCGGUUCUGUGUAAGAUGGGCUUUGGUGUUCUGCUCGUGAAUUACAGAGGCUCACUUGGCUUCGGUCAGGACAAUAUUUACUCUUUACCUGGAAACAUCGGUACACAGGACGUAAAAGACGUGCAGUUUGCAGUUGAGAGCGUUUUGAAGCAGGGUGAUUUUGAUGAGCAGAAGAUCGCUGUGAUUGGAGGAUCUCACGGUGGUUUUCUAGCGUGUCAUCUGAUUGGACAGUAUCCAGAGUUUUACAAGGCGUGUGUGACACGAAAUCCAGUGACAAAUCUGACAUCUAUGAUCGGCAGCACAGACAUUCCUGACUGGUGUAUGGUGGAGGCAGGGUAUGACUAUAAGACUGACAUCCAGCUUAAUCCUGCUGUACUGGAGCAGAUGUUAAAUAAAUCACCAAUCAAACAUGUUAUCAAGGUAAAGACGCCUGUGCUUCUGAUGUUAGGAGAGGAUGACCGGCGUGUACCCAAUAAACAGGGUAUUGAAUACUACAAAGCCCUAAAAGCUUUAAAGGUACCAGUAAGACUGUUGUGGUACCCGGGCAAUAAUCACGCUUUAUCCAAAGUGGAUGCAGAAUCUGAUGGUUUUAUGAAUGCUGCUCUCUGGAUGCUUCAGCAUCUGUCGCUGUGAUGUCACUUCCUCUUUAUAUAAUCUGUCCCCAGCUCAGUGAUUCGCGUUCUUUAGAAAUAACAACUACGGCUUAGCUUUGUCAUGUGAAGACAAUGGCUUAAAUAAGAUAAUUAAUAAAUCACAACUAAUUUUCUACAUCUAAGAGUUACACAGACACUAAAAACAUAUUUUAAGAAAUCCAGUCAGGAAUUCAGAGUUUUAUACUUCUCCCAGUCAACCAUACAGGAUCUUUUCCUUUCAGUUGUUAACAAUAUUUGUACCAUGUUGUUUAGCAGUUCACCCACUGUCAUGUCUCUUUAUUUCUCUGAUGGCCCUCUGCGUUUUGUAAUGUUUAUUGUACAAAAGAGUCUUUCAAGAGACUGCAUUGUUUUCAAUAA